CCUGUGCGGAUCAGCUCCCAGACAUCCGAAAAUGACCUGGACGCGCCCCGUCCUGCUUGCCCUGCUGGCCACCGUCCUGCCUCUGACCCUUAGCGAUGGGGUUGAAAGUGCCGCUGUGCAGAGUGAUGACACGGACACAGGGACCACUGAUCACCAAGGCUCAGGGGGGAAUAUCUUCAUGUCCAGAACCGACGCCGCCAGCUACUUCAGCCGCCGCAGCAAGAGAUCACCGAGGUCAGUCUACGAGAGUUACGCUGAACGGGUGCAGAGACGGAGAGCGGAAGAGUGGAGGCGAGAGUACUACGAGGAGCAGAGGAGCGAGCGGGAGAACCACAUGGAGGAAGAGCGUGACGAACAGAACGAGAGGACACGGGAGAGGACCGAUCAGUGGCGCCAGUACCACUACGACGGCGUCUACCCAUCCUACCGGUACCGUUACCGUUACCACUACUGAGCCCACUGUCG